AUGGCCAUAUUCGACACCGCCACAUGGCAGCAGACCGCUGUUUCGAAGGGUCACACAAAUGUUGUCUGCUCCAUCACUUUAUUUCCCCAUGACCGCCUCCUUGCGAGUACAUCUUGGGAUAAGACAGCGCGUCUCUGGAAUCUUGACACGAACUUCGAAAUCGGGCCACCUCUCCAACACGAAAUUUUCGUCACUUGUGCAGCAUUUUCCGCUGAUGGAAAGCUGCUAUCCACUGCAGCUGGCCUAGAGGAUAUCCUGCUCAUACCUGAUGUGAGUGCCAACUUGACUCUCACCCGCUAUCUUAUUCCCAAUGGCCAUCAGGCACAAAAAUCUGAACUCAAAAAGAAGCUAUCAGGUGCUAAUGCUACGCGAUGUCCGCCUAUCCGUCCAGCCCCACGUCGAGUGCCACAAGGCUUUUUUGAUAAUGUGCAAGACGAUGGUCCUUCUUCCAAUACCCGCCAUCUCCAUCCUGAUUCCUCUCUACGUCGCCGCCGCAAUGCUUAUGCACUAUCCUGGGGAUCACGUCCACAUGCGCUUCUCGCUGGCCUUCCGUCACUCUUCCACCGUUCCCAACCAAACACCGAUGAACAUGUCGAACUCCAGCAACGCAUAGGACCUGGUACUUCUUCUCGCCGCAGUCCUCCUGUUGUCGACGUUCCUGCACUAGAUGACAAGAAGGCACUGUGUUGCUCGGCGGCCGGAACGAGCUAG